AUGCAUCAAUCGUCUACUAUAUUAGAUCGUGAAAACCAGUCAAUUCUUUGCACUGGAGAGUCUGGUGCUGGAAAAACAGAAAACACCAAGAAAGUAAUUCAAUACUUGGCUUCAGUAGCUGGCCACUCCCAUACCAAAGCAGCUCAAACUCCAAAGAAAUCUGGGUCUACUAGUUCUGCAGUUAGCACAAAGGUUGGAAUUUCUCACAGCCAGGUUGAGUUGGAAAGGCAACUUCUGGCAGCUAACCCCAUCUUAGAAGCCUUUGGAAAUGCUAAGACAGUGAAGAAUGACAACUCAUCACGUUUUGGAAAGUUCAUCAGAAUCAACUUUGACGCAUCAGGAUUCAUUGCUGGUGCCAACAUUGAAUCUUACCUGCUUGAAAAGUCUCGUGCGGUACGACAAGCACCAAAUGAAAGAUGCUUUCACAUUUUCUACCAAGUUCUGAAUGGAUUGGACAAAAAGACCAAAGGUAAGUUGGUUUGCAUUGAAAAUGUCAAAAGAUGAAAGAAGGCUACAUGUACAUGUAAGUGUCAUGUUAAAAUUAACUUUAGUCCAUCAUGAAUCAUAAGCAGGGUAUAUCUCAGUGUUGAACGGCUAUUUUCAAAGUAAAUGAUUACUGAUCAUCAUAUUUAUUUAUAAGCACCUGAGAAACAAAACCAAAUAAAUAAAAAAGGAAAAACCAAAGCAAAACAAAUCAAAAUGACUCAUUCUCAUUGGAAAGCAUUCUGAGAUUGGAUUUAAAGUUUCCAAGAUCCACAAUUUUCAAGGUACCAAAUAGAAAGGAAAACCUCAGAUGGAACUAAGAGCAGUAUCUGCACAAGCAAAUCAAAGUAAAUAACAUGAAUUGCUGAGAAUUGACUGAACUUUGCUCCUGGUGAUAGCACUUUGCUCUAAAUUUUGAAGCAAUAUGUAUUGGUAAAGACACUUUCACCCCUGGAGAAUUGAAGCUGUCUUUCUCAAGACAUAAAUAAUUAAUCAAGUUAAAACAAAGAAAAUCACAACCAAUAAGGAGGUUUGAAUACCCAGUUUUAAUUAGCAUAGAUUUUAAUGAGUUUACUUCUCCGUUUAC